AUGUCUACAGAAGCUAUGGAGAACUCUCGUUCUAUUUCACUUGUGGACAACACUGCCCCUUCGGAACAACCGCCAAGCGGGGAAUCGUCACGACGACCCUCUAAACACACACACAGAUUGUCGAAACACAUAAGUCGCACAUCGGUAUCUGACCAGCUGGCAAAACGCAAAUAUGCCAAAUGGCAACCCGACAAACUCGGUCUUUCGACAGAUACCGACACAUCACCUAGCAGAGAGUCGUCGCAAGUGCGCGGGUCAGUCUCAGCAGAGAGCUCGGCGGGACCGACAAAUGGGGCCAAUCCAGAAGGACAAUCAGAUCAUGCAACCGAAAUCACCCGUGUUGAUACAGUGGAUUUUGCCCCUUCCCAAACCCAGAGCAUACAAUCAAGCGGAGCAGGCCAACCGUCCGAUUCCGAUACAACCGCAAAACCCGUGACCGAAUUAGAUAUCUUAUACGAGAAUCAGCGUGGCUGGUUCUUCUUUGGAGUUCCACGCUAUUCUCACAAUUCGCUUCUCAACCUUGAUCCUAGCGCCUGGAUGACCCAGGACAAGCGACCAAGCCCCGUCAAUAUCACCAAUGCUCAGGUUCCCGAUCCUAGCUGGGAGUGGGCAUGGCGCACGUGGUAUGUAGAUAUGUCGGGUGACGUCGACGAACAAGGGUGGCAGUAUUCGUUCUCCUUCGGCUCGUCCCAGUGGCAUGGCACGCAUCCGUGGUUUCAUUCGUUUGCUAGGCGGAGACGGUGGAUUCGUUUACGCCAGAAGGUUCCGGAGAGGCGUUACCGUGGACGCUCGGAAUUUGAGAAAGCUCACAUGUUGACUGAGGAUUACUUCACUAUUCACUCUUCCAAGGUGAGGAGUCGUGAACAGAGUGCUGUCGGUCUGUCGAGGAUUGAAUCGGGCUAUUUGAGUCGAGCAGCCACUGGAUUGGAAGAGGAGCCACCCAUUGAAGAGAUUGGGGACAUUCCUUCUCUCAUGUACGCAUUGAAAUUGGCAUCCAUUGAUCGAGAGAGGAUCGAUGUGUUGAAGAAGUUUGUCGAGCAGGGAGGGGAGGAGCUUUACUAUCUUAAUGAUAAGAUCCCGGAGAUCAUGCCUACGUUCCUCUUCCAGGCAUCACGCUGGCAAUUCGUGACAUACCUUGUCAGCAUCAUCAACCAACUAUCCACUCCAGGCGAUGAUCAGCAAGAAGAUUCCAACAAGAUCAAACGCAAGAAAGAUAACCUUAUUCGGGUGGUAGAAAGUGCCAAGCAACAUGUCACCGGACCAGAUGUGUUCACUGGUACCGGGGGGUCGGCAUCUGAGCUACUCGAUUUGACACCGAUUUCUCGACAUGAUACUUUGCUUUCCAAGCGAGCGCAGGCUACCGAUGAGCCAUUGCAUGUAAUGAAACAGAAGGAAAUCACGGGGAUCCCCAAGGCCGCGGAAAUCGGCCACGAAGGGCAUAUCUAUUAA